AUGGCGCUGGAGCAGGCGCUGCAGGCCGCCCGGCAGGGGGACCUGAACAUGCUGCGCUCCCUGCACGCCGCGGGGCUGCUGGGGCCCUCGCUGCGCGACCCCCUGGACGCGCUGCCCGUGCACCACGCGGCCCGCGCCGGCAAGCUGCACUGCCUGCGCUUCCUGGUGGAGGAGGCCGGGCUCCCCGCCGGGGCCCGGGCCCGCAACGGAGCCACCCCGGCCCACGACGCCGCCGCCACCGGCCACCUCGCCUGCCUGAAGUGGCUGCUCUCGCAGGUCGGCUGCCGAGUGCAGGACAAAGACAAUUCUGGUGCCACAGUCCUGCAUCUGGCCGCCCGCUUUGGCCACCCAGAGGUGGUGCACUGGCUGCUGCGACACGGCGGCGGGGACCCCGCCACGACCACAGACACCGGUGCCCUGCCUCUCCACUACGCCGCCGCCAAAGGAGACUUCCCCUCCCUGAGGCUUAUUGUGGAGCACUACCCUGAGGGCGUGAAUGCCCAAACCAAGAACGGUGCCACGCCCCUGUACCUGGCGUGCCAGGAGGGCCACCUGGAGGUGACGCAGUUCCUGGUGCAGGUGUGCGGCGCCGACCCACACCUCUGUGCCUACGACGGCAUGACCCCGCUGCACGCCGCGGCGCAGAUGGGCCACUGCCCGGUCAUCGUGUGGCUGGUGAGCUGCACCGACGUGAGCCUGGCGGAGCAGGACAAGGACGGCGCCACCGCCAUGCACUUCGCAGCCAGCCGCGGCCACGCCAAAGUGCUCAGCUGGCUCCUGCUGCACGGCGGCGAGAUCUCGACCGACCUGUGGGGCGGGACCCCUCUGCACGACGCGGCCGAGAACGGGGAGCUGGAGUGCUGCCAGAUAUUAGUGGUGAAUGGCGCAGAACUGGACAUCCGCGAUCGAGACGGGUACACCGCCGCAGACCUGUCGGAUUACAACGGCCACAGCCAGUGCACCCGCUACCUGCGCACGGUGGAGAACAUGAGCGUGGAGCACCGCGUACUGUCCCGGGAUCCGUCCACGGAGCUGGAGGCAAGGCAGCCCGACUCGGGCAUGUCCUCGCCCAACACCACCAUGUCGGUCCAGCCCACGAACUUCGACCUCAGCUCGCCCACCAGCACCCUCUCCAACUACGACUCCUGCUCUUCCAGCCACUCCAGCAGCAAGGACCGGCGUCCUCCAAGAGUGCUUGCAGGUGCAAGGGCUGCAGACAUCCAGAGCUACAUGGACCUGUUGAACCCCGUGCUGGGCCUGCCGCAGGGCAAGAAGCUACCAUUUCCACCCAUGUUCUCUCAACCACUCCCAACCCUGGGCUCCGAGAUGCCCCCACCACCACCCGGCUACCCAGCUCCAAAGCCUCCUGCCGGGGUCCUAGCAGCUGACAUCUACACGGAGACCAAGAACAAGCUCCGUCACGUGGAGAAGGACACCUUUAAGAAGGAGGCCGCGCUGCUCCCCGGGAACUACGUGCAGAACGGCUGCGCCGCGGACCCCCGGGCGUCCUCGGAGCUGCCGCCGCCGCCGCCCCCGCCGCCGCCGCCCCUGCCCGAGGCCCGGAGCUCGCCGCCGCCCGCCCCGCCUCUGCCCCCGGAGGGCGCGGGCCCGGGCAGCGGGCAGCGCCGCUCCUCCUCGUCCACCGGCAGCACCAAGUCUUUCAACAUGAUGUCCCCAACGGGUGACAACUCAGAGCUACUGGCUGAGAUCAAGGCCGGCAAGAGCCUAAAGCCGACGCCGCAGAGCAAGGGGCUGACCACGGUGUUCUCCGGCAGCGGGCAGCCAGCCUCCUGCAGCCCGACUCACCUCAGUUGCCGUCGCGGCCCCGGAGCCCCACCCCGCCGUUUGCGGGGUCCCAGCCGGUGCUCAAUGGCAGCUUGGUGCCGGCGCCGCCCGCCACCCCCCGCCCCAGGCGUGCCGCUAGACAUCGAGGCGCUCAUCCCCACGCACGACGAGCAGGGCCGGCCCAUCCCUGAGUGGAAGCGCCAGGUGAUGGUUCGGAAGCUGCAGCUGAAGAUGCAGGAGGAGGAGGAGCAGAGGCGGAAGCUGACAGCCGCCAGCGCGUGCUGCUACCCGCCAGAGGGCUGGAGGUACUCGCACGAGUACAACGCCAUCCUCGGGCCCUUCGGCGAGCUCAUGACCGAGGCCGACGUCCUCCGCAUCGAGCAGCAAAUCGAGAACCUGCAGGUGCUGCACAAGGCGCAGCGGCUGGAGGCGCGCCUGGAGCAGCUGGAGCUGGAGCUGGAGCAGCUGCUGCCCAUCUCGGCCGCCCUGGCCGCGCCGCGCUUCACGGUCGACCCGCGCCGCAUGCACGGCCGCGCCGCCAGCCUGCCCGCCUGGUGCCGCAAGAUCUCCGCGCUGCUCCGGAGCAUGGCCACGCUGCUGGCCACGCUGGGCGGCCAGCCCGCCUACCUGGCCGAGCUGCUGGCCGCCGACACCGGCCAGCCUCUGCCGCCGCUGCCCGACGCGCCCUCGAGACCCGGCCCGCUCUGCCUGGGCCGCUCUCACGCGCUCAGCUGGUGCCGCGAGGCCGUGGCGCGCGAGAUCCUCGAGUGCGGCGUCUCCGUGCGCCGCCUCCGGGCCGCCUACGAGCUGCGCGCCCGGGGCGCCGCGGCCGAGCCCGCUCCUGCGCCCCCGUGCGCGCCCCCGCCUGCACCCGUGCCCACGUGCGCGCCCACGCCUGCACUCCCACCCACGUCCACGUGCGCGCACCCCGCCGGCACUCCAGACAGGGAGCCCAUUCUGGAGGAGGACUACGUGGCUGCCAGCUCCGGGGGGCCGAACGCCGCCAUCACCAACGGCCUCCUGGCCGCCGGGGAGCCCCCGAGCACCCCCGGUUCUGCUGCGACGCCGGAUGGUCAGGAGGCGCUGCCCGAGCCGCCUUCGCUUCCCGCCCAGCUCCCGAGCGUGCAGGACUACAUCAACAUGCGCAAGGAGCGCAUCGUCUACCUCUUCCUGGAGCACUGGCGCACGUGGGCCCUCGACGGCGCUGGGCACCCGGCCCGCGCGCGCCUGCGCAGGCUGCUGCCCCGCGUGGUGGCCGCCGGCGCCCCGCAGCCCGCGGACGGCGGCCCCGACGGGCGCCUCCUGCACCUGCUGCAGCAGCGGCGGGCGGUGGGCCGGCUGCUGGGCCGCUGGCGGAGCCUGCUGCGCCAGGUGCCCGCGCGCCCGCCGCGCGGCCCGGGCCCGGGGCCCGGGGUGUACUGGCCCCAGCACUUCCUGCCGCCCCGCGAGGACGGCCAGCCGCGGCGCUACGACAGCCUCACGCUCGACCUCUUCAUGCUCGGCUACUUCCAGCUGCUGGGGAUGAGCCUGAGCCGCGAGGAGCGCGAGUUCCGCCACCUGCUGUGCUACGAGGUGUUUGACCGGCUGGGCAGCCACCCGUGGGAGCUCAUUCGCCGCUUCCACCGCGUGGCGCUCGAGGAGGUGGAGGCCGGCCGGCGCGGCUGGAAAGACGGCUUCGACGACCUCAGCCGGCGGUUCUUUGGAGACAGCCCGGAAGCCAAACAGGGCACCCCGGAAGAAGGGGCGAAGGAGGAGGAGGAGGAAGAGAGGGAAACGCACGAGGAGGAGGAGGAGGAGGAGGAAGAGAAGGAGCCAGAGGAAGAGGCUACCCCUCCCCAGAGGGAGGACCGCCCAGAGGGGCAGCCCGAGACCCCAGCACCUGCCCCGCCUCCAACUCCCGACCCACCCAGUCUUGAAGCCCCCGCGGAAGAUCCCUUGGAAUUGGUGUCCGAGAUGGGCGAGUUCAGCAACGAGGAAAUCUGCCGCUAUAUCGAUCGCAGCUUCUCCUUCUGGAAGGAGAAGGAGGCGGAGAUGUUUGAGAUCUGAACAGUCAAGUCAGUAGUUAGGCUCAUGAAUCCCAGCCCAGGCCCCAGGCCUGUCUGACUGGUGCCUCCUAGAGGCGAGAGUCCUGCAAGAAGAACCCAGAAGGGGUGAAGAGCUGCGAGCCU